UUCAGUCUACUAAUGAUUCCGCCCAUUCUCCCUUGACAGCCAAACAGAGUCAUUGCGCUCCUCAACAGUGUACAUGUAACAUGUACUAUCUUCAGAGUUUACUGUUAAAUCUCCGGUGACAUUAACAACGCGCCUCUGUUCUCGAGAAUACAUCUGAAUCAGUACGCGUCUCGGGUUCCGCUUGGUUCGGUGUUGUGGAGAUGGGGAUACGCGGAGUUUUGAUAUGCGCUUUUAUAGCGUCUUUAACGUCGCUAAGUGACGGAAGUUUGGACUGCGACGAGGUGCGUCAAGUUUUUCAACUGAAGCAAAUCGGACCCGUGAAAUCGGUACCUGAAAAGCCGCGUACAGGUUCAGACCUCCAAGUUUGUGUGUCCAAGAAUCUCACAUGCUGCACCAAGAAGAUGGAGGAGCGCUACCAGGUGGCGGCACGCCAGGACAUCCAGAACCUUCUCCAGAUAUCCAGCUCUACUCUGAAGUAUCUGAUCUCACGUAAUGUGGCUGCUUUUCAGGAAACUGUCGAGUCUCUCGUGCGACAGGCGGAGAACCACACCCAUACCAUCCUGCUGCACACCUACGGUGACCUGGCCAAUCACGCGGCGGCCCCCGUCGGCGAGUUUUUCACAGACGUCAGUCUCUUCGCCUUGGGGUCUGAGCUCAGUUUGGAAGAAGCCUCGCAGGGCUUUUUUGAAGCCCUUUUCCCCCUCGUUUACGAACGUCUGGUCGAACCGGGUCUCUCCCGUCUGUCCCCCGCUUACGCCGAAUGCGUCCGAGGGGCCUGCCGGGACCUAGCGCCAUUCGCCGGGGCCCCCGGGCGCCUCGCCGCACAGAUUUCCCGCGCCUCCCUCCCCGGCCGCCUCUUUCUGCAGGCUCUCCAUUUGGGCGUAGAGGUCAUCAAUACAACGGAUCAUUUUCAGAUCGGCCGUGAAUGCAGACGGGCUCUGCUGCGGAUGAAUUACUGCCCGCACUGCCAGGGCCUGACCGCCAGCAAGCCGUGCAUGGGCUACUGUCUCAACGUGGUCAGAGGAUGUCUCGCAAGCCUGGCCGAGGUGGAUUCGCAUUGGAGAGAGUUUGUGAGAUCGUUAGAGACCCUCUCGGCUCGCAUGCACGGGGGACAGGACCUGGAGCAGGUGCUUUUGGAAACAUACGGGUUGGUUAGAGACGCAGUGGCCCAUGCUCAGAAAAAUGGACCUCGGCUUUCUGCACAGGUGCACAAGGUGUGCGGUCAUCCGAGCAGACAGCCGGAGCAGGUGGGCAGCGUUCAGCAUCCAACCAGCAGCCGAGACUCCAUUCCUCUUAAAGGACCCAUCAGAUACACAGAGGAAACGCUCAGUAAACUAAGAAAGGAGUUUAUCAACCGUCUGCGUCUUUACCGUACGUUUUAUGGUGGUCUGGCAGAUCAGCUGUGCGUCAGUGAGUUGUCUUCUGCAGAUGCACUGUCCUGCUGGAAUGGUGCUGAUGUUGGGAAAAGCUACACUCUCCGGGUCGUUGGCAACGGGAUUAAAGCUCAGGCGGAAAACCCGGAAGUCAAAGUGAAGGAGGUGGAUCCUGUGAUCAAUCAAGUCAUUGAUAAACUGAAGCACAUCAAUCAGCUGUUGCAGGGCAGGUCUAUUCCAAAACUGGGAACGCUGGACCAGAUCGAGACUGGAAGUGGAGACGGAUACAGCGGAGACUGUGAUGACGAGGACGGAUGCUGGGGGUCCGGUAACGGAGCUACAGAGAGGAGAAGAACAGUCACUUUAUUGACUCCUGAAAAGUCGAACAAUCACAGAUACCAUCACACACAAACAGAAGACUUUGAUCGGCUGAAUUCUGGCGCAAGAGUCAUUCAGACUUUCUCACCCACUUUCCUCUUGAUAUGUGCUUUUGCACUGUUAUCAGGAUAACUUGGACCAACUGGGAUUUUCCCAGGCCAAAGAUUGUUUUUAUUAUGGAAAUUUAAACAGUGGAGUUUUGACGUGCCAGUCGUCGUCAUCUCGCUGAAAAAACGUCUGAAACGAAACUGCGAUGAUAUUGAUGGCAUCAAGGACUGUGAGAAAAAUGAACUCAGAUUGAAAUGAGAAAGAAAAGUUGUCUUUUCAUAAAAAGUGUUUUUAUUCUAAACGUUAACUGGCUACUAAGAAAUCAGGCGAAUGUUUUAUUGCCAUGAAUAAUGUGCAGGGUUGAAAAUAAGUAACACUUUUCUGAUAAAAAAUGAUUAAUUUAAUGCUUUAAUGAUGUAUGAUAUAUUCAAAGCAUAUUUUAGGACUGAAAUGAACGUAAAUAGCGCACUUCAUAUCAGCGUUUUAAAUGGAACGAUGCAAUAUUUCUGAUGUCACGUACUGCUUUUGAAAUUCUUGGUACCAUGUACCAAAACGACCUCUGUUUUUGUUUUUAUUCAUUUUUUAAUGUACUUUUAGGGCGGUUUCCAGGAUGGGGUUUAAAUGAAUCCAGCAGUAAAUCUUAGUUAUAUAAAAACAUACCUUACAACAAACCACACCUUACUGUUCAUGCAUCUUGAGAUAAAACAAUGGUACUGAUACAUUUUAGGAUAUGCAAGUUAGGGCUGGGCGAAAAAAAUACAUUUUUUCGAUUAAUCGAUUUUUAAACCAUGUUCGAUUCAAAAUCGAUUGUCAAAGAGCAGAAUCGAUUUUUCUUUCAUAUUUAUUUCCGCAAACAUUGAACGUGAGAUUAACGUUAAUCUAAUUACCCUCUUUUUUGCCUUGCACGAUGUUACCAAGGAGGGAGAGGCGAGCCUGUCAUUCAUUUAUUCAGUGCUUAAAAUGGUGGUUUCAGGUGCUUCCUCGACCUUGAUGCCACAUUCACAUAAAAAGUCAGAGGUAUGGAAGCAUUUUAGAUUUCACAAGCAAGACGACGACGAUAGUGUCGUGCUUUUUAAUUUCUUUUUAUUAAUUACCCACUUGUGAACUGCUGUUCGCUGUUAUUUUUUAUUAAUCUAUAUUAUCAAUCUAUAUUCAUUGAGUUGAAUCAAUAAUCGAGUAUAAAAACCGACACAAGAACCAGAAUCGAAAAUUGAAUCGAAAUCGAAUCGAUUUGAUAGCUUUUGAAUCGAAAUUGAAUCGAUCUGGAACAUCUGAAUCGAUACCCAGCCCUAAUUGAAGUGCAAGCUGAUUUCAGUUAGGACAACUCAAACAAACAUUUUAGUCUUAAACCCUGUCCAGGAAACCGCCCCAUUAUCUAAAAUUGCGUACAACGCACCUUAACAAAAUGUAUAGAGAUGUGUUGAUUUACGGUGUAUUUAUUCUUGGUUACAAAGUGACAUUAAACAUAUAAUGAAACUAAA